CAGUGAUCAGGUCAGGCCAGGCUGCUGUCUCUGCUGAGAGCCGGGCUCCCUGCUGCACUGCUGUAUGCUAGAUAAAGUCAGAGCAGCGUGGAGUGGAGUGGAGGAUUUCAGCCCCAAACGGCCGCUGUCCCGGGACAUCAAGGUGACUGGGCGAGACUAGAACCAUGCCGAGGUCUUUUCUGGUGAAGAGUAAAAGGGCCCACAGCUACCACCAGCCACGAUACCUGGACGAUGACUACAUCAGACUGGAUACUGUUUUGGCCCAUGCGUGCGCAGAGACCAAAGCUCAGGUGGACUCUGGCUGCAACUUGAUGUCGCAGGAGGAUGUGAGCACCAAUCCUGACAGACUGUCCCCGGAGUCCCGGCUGCUGUCCCCGGGCUCCCUGUCCUCCAGCUCCCCGCUGAGCUGCGGAGGCAGCGUGUGUGACCGGUCUGACUACGACUUCUGGCGUCCGCCGUCUCCCUCCUCCUCACCAGAUUCAGAGAAAUGCUCCACUCCUGCCGCAGAGGACGGCCACCACUUCAACAUCCCGCUAUUUCCUUACGCCUGGGCCUCAUAUUCAAACUCUGAGCUCAGGCACCUGGUUCAGGGGCCUUAUCAUCACUUCCCGGGCCCCAGGGAGCCCGACUCACCCAUCAGCAUCUACGGGGCAGACGACGGCGGCACCGAGCCCCUUUACGCACAGCGGGGCGCCGCCGCUGGAUGCUACCAGGAUUAUUCCCACACGCCCCACCAAAUCUACAGGAUGCGGGAUGGAGAGGAGUUGUAUCUGGAGCUGAAGCAGAAGCCCCACGGCUCUCAAGUCAAGACCGAGAAUGAAGUCAUCUGCUCCAACAGCGAGGCAAAUGGCUCCUACAAGUGUAUCAAAUGCCGCAAGGUGUUCUCCACACCGCACGGACUGGAGGUUCACGUGCGCCGGUCUCACAGCGGGACGCGGCCCUUUGAAUGCGGGAUCUGCGGCAAAACCUUCGGGCACGCAGUGAGCCUGGAGCAGCACAGAGCAGUUCACUCCCAGGAGAGGAGCUUCAACUGUAAAAUAUGCGGCAAGAGCUUCAAGCGCUCGUCCACGCUGUCCACGCACCUGCUCAUCCACUCGGACACGCGGCCCUACCCGUGUCAGUACUGCGGGAAGAGAUUCCACCAGAAGUCAGACAUGAAAAAGCACACUUUCAUCCACACAGGUGAGAAGCCGCAUAAGUGCCAGGUCUGUGGAAAGGCCUUCAGCCAGAGCUCCAACCUCAUCACACACAGCAGAAAACACACGGGCUUCAAACCCUUCGGCUGCGACCUCUGCGGAAAAGGCUUCCAGAGAAAGGUGGACCUGAGGAGACACAAGGAGACGCAGCAUGGACUGAAAUGAGGAGACUGG